AUGUCAACCUCUAUAGAAGCAGGCUCAGUUGAGCGACCACCAUCGAUACAAGAUCUAAACAAUACCAAAUGGACGAAACCAGAGUACAAACUCCCAAUACCAUCCCUCCAAUUCCUUUUCCACUUAGAAUGCGACAUGGAAACCUUCCGGCAUAUCGGCGAAGGACCCUACGGCGACCGAUCGACGGUCAUAUUCAAAGGUGGGCGGUUCGAAGGCCCAAAGCUCAGAGGCGAGAUUCUACCUGGUGGCGGUGACUGGGAGAUCGUGCGCAACCACGGGGACCAACAGACCGCCCACCUCAAUACUCGUUACAACCUCGUCACGCACGACGGCGCAACAAUCUACCUGCAGACGACGGGAACACGUACGGGAUCUCGCUCGGUCCUGGAGAAGCUAGGCAACGACACCAGUAUCGACCCCGAUCAGUUCAAAAUGCGAUUGCAUCUCACGAUGGAGACCGGUGAUGAACGCUACAAUUGGAUCAACAGUGGCGUAUUCAUAGCCAGUUCAGGCCGGAAUGGCGAUCAAGUGAUAUAUGAUGCUUACGAGCUCCUAUAA